UCUUCUGCUUCCCCUCCCUCUUUUAACUCUCAAACCAACAUAAUGGGUUAGCAAUCAUACUCUCUCUCAAUUUCCUCCUAAAUUUUCUUCUUUCAUAAACUUCAAUCCUUUUUUUUUCUUGUUUGGUAUCAUCAAAAACCAUGUCUUUUCAUUUUCUUCUUGCCUUUCUUGAUUUUUUACCCGUGAUUUGACUUCAUUUCCCAAUUUUCUUGGCCCCUUCAAGAUCAAGAAUCACUUGAUUGUUCUUAUCUCAAAAACCCAUCUAUUCCGUUCGUUCAUCUUUUUUGGGUUCAAGAAUCACUGGGGUAUAAUUGCUAAGAACUGAAGUUGGGUUUGUGAUGGAGAUUGAUCUGAAUCAUGCAGUGAGUGGUCAAAAUGCUGAAUCUUUCGGAAAUGGAGGGGUUUCAUCACUGUCAACUUCAUCAAACUCCUCAAAUUCUUCCUUAAAGUCCCCGAAUUCAAACCCGUCGUCUUCAGUUUACAUGGAACUUUGGCAUGCUUGUGCUGGCCCUCUCACCUCUCUCCCCAAUAAAGGAAAUGUGGUUGUUUACUUCCCUCAAGGUCACUUGGAACAAAUUGCCUCACACUCAUCGACUCACUUUUCACCCAUUGAAGUUCCUUCUUUAGGCCUUCCUCCUCAGAUCUUUUGCAAAAUUGUUGAUGUUCAAUUGCUUGCAAACAAGGACAAUGAUGAGGUCUACACAAAGCUCGCUCUUUUGCCUCUACCAGAGGGAAAUUUGCAAGGAGAGGAGGAUCAGGAGGAGGGUGGUGGGGUAACACCCACAAGAUCAACCCCUCAAAUGUUCUGCAAAACACUCACUGCUUCUGAUACAUCCACUCAUGGUGGAUUUUCUGUCCCUCGAAGAGCUGCUGAAGAUUGUUUUCCGCCUCUGGAUUAUAAGCAGCAGAGGCCAAGCCAAGAACUAGUUGCUAAGGAUCUCCAUGGCGUCGAAUGGAAAUUUAGGCACAUCUAUCGAGGCCAACCAAGGCGACAUUUGCUUACCACAGGUUGGAGCAUCUUUGUAAGCCAAAAGAAUCUUGUUUCCGGUGAUGCAGUUCUCUUUCUUAGGGGUGAAGGAGGAGAGUUGAGGUUGGGAACUCGAAGAGCUACUAGACCAAAAAACAUUCUUCCUGAUAUCACCAUGAGCAACUUGAAUUCUUAUAGCGACACUCUUGCUUCUGUCGCUAAAGCUGUGUCCACCAACAGCAUCUUCCAUGUUUUCUACAGUCCAAGGUCUAGUCGAGCGGAUUUUGUUGUUCCUUACACAAAUUACAUGAAAUCAGUGAGUAAUAUGAUUUCAAUUGGUGCAAGAUUCAAAAUGAAGUUCUGUAUGGAUGAGUCUCCUGAAAGAAGGUUCAGUGGAGUUGUGACUGGUGUAGGUGAUCUGGAUCCUUACAAAUGGAACAACUCAAAAUGGAGAUGCCUUAUGGUGAGGUGGGAUGAAGAUAUUGGAAAUGAUCAUCAAGAACGAAUAUCUCCAUGGGAGAUUGAUCUUUCUGGUGGUGGUUUCCCUUUGUUAAACAUUCAAUCAUCACCAAGACACAAAAAACUGCGUGCAGGUUUGCAUGCAACUCCUUCUGGACACCCUGCAACUGCAUGUGGUGGAUAUGUAGACUUUGAGGAAUCGAUAAGAUCCUCUAAGGUCUUGCAAGGUCAAGAAAAUAUAGGUCCGAUGUCACCUCUAUAUGGGCGUGAUAAAAUGAACAACUCGUUGAGCUUCGGGGUACAACCCUCGAUGCAUCCGAGUUUCCCUCCAAAUGGGAUGAUGAUGAUGGGGAGAUCAAGUACAAAUUUUGUUAGUGAACUAAUGAGGACACAUCAUCAACCACUCUCAACCACCCCUUACUCGGGCUUUCUGGGAUCCGACAGCACUACAAGAUUCCCGAAGGUCUUGCAAGGUCAAGAAAUUUGCUCGUUGAGAUCAUUGAAUGGUAAAAUACCACCCAACAUCGGUUCGUGGGGCCUACCACGAACCCAUGUUGGGAACAAUGUUCUCAACAUGAACCAAAGUUUCUACCCACUUGGUUCUGAAGGUGGUAGAAACUUUGGUUUCCCAAUUGGUGAUGUUUAUGAGCUUCCAAAUGAGAAAACCGAACAACCUAAUUCAAGCAGUGAGAAAGAUGAUGGUGCUUCAGAUAGCAUAGAAAGCAGCUGUAAACUCUUUGGAUUUCCCUUGAAUGAACCUCCCACAUUGCUAGAUGCUAAAAGUUUGAACAAGAGGAGUUGUACCAAGGUUCACAAACAAGGAAACAAAGUUGGAAGAGCUGUUGAUCUGUCUAAAAUGUUGAGUUAUCGUGAGUUGUUCAUGGAGCUAGAAGCUUUGUUUAACAUGGAAGGUGUUUUCAGUAAUCCAGAUGGUGGAUGGAGACUACUUUAUACUGAUGAAGAGAAUGACAUGAUGGUUGUUGGAGAUGAUCCAUGGGAUGAGUUUGCAAGGAUGGCUACAAAGAUACAUAUAUACACUGCUGAAGAAGUUGAAAAGUUGAUGAGCAGUGGGGUGAUUAGUGACAACACAAGCUGUUUGGAGGAAGCGCCAGGUGUCGUUGAUACGGCUAAGUCUUCGUCAGUCGGGCAGCCCGAUUAGUCAGUCGGGCAGCAGGGAUUAAUGACCGGAUUAUAGAACUGUUGCAUGGUUGUUUUGUAGUAGUAUGGUUGUUGUUUAUGUAUGUGUUUUGUGUUAGGCCAAGAGAACUAUGGAACCUUUGUUUCUAAAAGCAAGUUUUAGGUACUUGCUAGAUUUGGAUGCUGCAUCUACAUGCAGCAGUAUGUAAGCAAAUAAGUUGCAUACUUUGGUUUGUGUGAUGCU